AUGCAUACAAACAGCGCCGCUGUCGCGCUUAUUUUCCGCCGUCUGUCUGUGCAAAAAAAAGUUUUGAGUCCCAAAAAAUACUAUUUGAAACAAAUAAUAAUUAAAGAGAACUACAAAAAAGUGUUAUACAAAUAAACUAUUAAAUAUUCAGUUAGUGAGGUGCAAAAUUAAGUAAAAUAAAAUAUUGUAAAGCAUCAAAAAAAGCUGGCAAAUAUAGCGGCAAACAUUUUACUAAGAAAAGUUAUACAGCAAACAAAACAGCCUAUAAAACUAAAAAGUUUUUUACCGGCACCCGCAAAAACUACACAAGUUUUAGGGGCAAAUAACUACCAAGUGUUACGCCAAAAACAAGGAGAUUUAUUUAAUAAAACCUCAAUUUCAUCAGCUUUAGCAGCAGUGAAUAGUCACAUCAUGAGUGGCCGUCAACGUAGCGGUGGUAAUAGUGGUCGUUUUGGUGGCAGCGGUGGUGGAGGUUAUGGUGGUGGCGGCUAUGGAGGCCGUGGUGAUUAUGAUAACUAUGGUAAUGGUGGUUAUAAUGGCGGCGGUUAUAACGGCAAUAAUGGAAUGAAUCCUUUUGGAAAUAUGCCCAAUAACAUGUCCGGAAAUGAUCUCAUGCAAAUAAUGAAUGCAAUGGCUAGUGGUUUUAAUAUGAAUCCACCACCGCCACCGCCAAUGCGUAUGGGCUGUGGUGAUUUACGUGUUCAUCAUGCUGGUAUGUUUGUAGAGUUGACAGGACGUUUAAUUAAAAAACGUGUAACUCGUUUUAUGGAAUUGAGAGAUCGUGGUAAUAGUGCCUGUCAAUUAGUAGUUUUGGAAGAUCGUCAUCCUCGCGUUGCUCGUCGUCUAAUUAAUAUGCCCGAGAAUACGGUAAUAUCUAUAGUAGGUUUGGUACAAAGACGUCCGCGUAACUCUUGCAAUCAGACAAUGCCAACCGGAGAUGUUGAGGUGGAGGUACAAGAUAUACUUACCAUCGAUUUCAACUCAAAUUCCAAACGAGCAGGCGAUAAACGUUCUUAUAGUACAAUGGCCCAACAAAAUAGUACCGCUAUUACUAGUACUGAAUAUAAAAUUGCCAAAUCUGAAAAUGUAUUGAAAUAUUUUGAAAAUCGUGAUAUAACUUGUAAUGAUGUUAGACGUCGUGAUAUUGGCAAAGAUGUCACUUUAGUUGGCUGGGUACCUACCGGUAAAACUAAUAAAUUUAUUCAAUUAAAAGAUGGCUAUGGACAAACGCAAAUUAUUAUCGAAGAUCAAGCUUUGCAAGAUACUGUAACUGGUGCUCCCGAGGGUACGGUUAUACAAGUUACAGGCAAAGUUUUAGGUAGACCUCGUCAAAAUAUAAAUAUGAAAUACGAUACUGGCGAAGUUGAAGUAAUGGUUGAAAAGGUUAAAAUUCUUAAUCCUGAGGAUCCCUACGAUGGUCCCAUCAAGGAAAAAGAUAAGGUCAAGAAACUUUCUAUUAAUGACAUCGAUGAAAAUGCUGAAGGUGGUGAGGCCAAAAAUGGCGAAGCCACCGAAGAUGGUGGUAAUGCAAAACCAGCUGGCUCUGGAAAUGUUAUUAAAGUUGCUGAUCUCAAUAAGUUUGCCAAUCGUACCCAUACAUGUGGUGAAUUGACUAGUGAUAAUAUUGGUGAAAAGGUGUCAAUUUGUGGCUGGUUGGAAUUUCAACGUAUGGGUAAAUUUUUCAUACUACGCGAUGGUUAUGGUCAAACUCAGGUUCUUAUAACCGACAAGACAAACGGUUUGGAUGAUAAUGAACAGGGUAUUGCAUUAGAAUCUAUAGUAAAAGUUGAGGGUACAGUUAUUCCUAGACCGGCAGCAACUAUAAAUCCUAAGAUGACUACAGGCCACAUUGAGAUUGAGGCUGAAAAAAUUGAAAUACUUAAUGCGGCUAAGAGAAAUUUACCCUUUGAUGUGCGUAAAUUCAAUAGAGCUGGUGAACGUUUGCGUUUGACACAUCGUUAUAUAGAUUUAAGAUUUGCCGAUAUGCAGCAUAAUUUACGUAUGCGCUCACAAGUUAUUAUGCGUAUGCGUGAAUAUCUUAUAAACUAUUUGGGUUUUGUUGAGGUAGAAACACCCACACUUUUCCGCCGCACACCGGGUGGUGCUCAAGAAUUUGUGGUGCCUACACGCAAACCAGGUCAUUUCUAUUCACUCGUUCAGAGUCCUCAACAAUUUAAACAAAUGUUAAUGGCUGGUGCCAUAGAUCGUUAUUUCCAAGUUGCUCGCUGUUAUAGAGAUGAGGCCACACGUCCCGAUCGUCAGCCUGAAUUUACUCAACUCGAUAUUGAAUUGUCCUUUACUACUCGUGAUGAUAUAAUGCAAUUGAUUGAGGAAACUUUACGUUAUUCAUGGCCCAAGGAAUAUACCAAAAUUCAAACACCCUUCAAACGUAUGACCUAUAAUGAGGCCAUGGAGAAAUUUGGUACCGAUAAGCCAGAUACACGUUUUAGUCUAGCUUUAACAAAUGUUACCGAAAUUAUUAAAAAGAAUGAAACAUUUGUUGAGAAAUUCAAAGAUUUGGGUGCUUAUGCUUUAAUAGUACGUGGCAAUGGAGGUUUCUGGAAUGGUACUGCUCGUAAACAUUAUGAAAGUCUUUCCAAAGAAUUCUCUGGCACCUUGUUCGUUCGCAAGUUUUUGCAAUAUAAAGAUCUUAAGGAUCGUUUAACUAAUCUAUUAACUGCUGAUGUUGCCUCGGAAUUAAUUACCAAAUAUGAUAUAGAAGAAAAUGAUUUGCUAUUUUUGGGUAUUGGUGAAAAAAUUGAAACGCAAAAACUCUUGGGUAAAAUUCGUGUUGACUAUCACAACUUUUUGAUCGAAAAUGGCAGAGCUCGUAAAAAUUACGAUAAUAAAUUUGUAUGGAUCAUAGAUUUUCCAAUGUUUGAACUUAAUCCAGAAACUGGCAAUUUGGAGAGUGUUCAUCAUCCAUUUACGGCGCCCCAUCCCGAUGAUAUGGAGGAUUUCAUUAAUUCUAAAUCAGAAGAUUUAGUCAAUAUACGUUCACAAGCAUAUGAUUUGGUAUUGAAUGGUCAAGAGGUGGGUGGUGGUUCGAUACGUAUACAUGAUCGUGAUAUGCAACAUUUUGUUUUGGAACAAAUUUUAAAAAUUCCCCAUGAUCAUUUGGCACAUUUGCUUAAUGCCUUGGAAUCGGGUUGUCCACCACAUGGUGGUAUAGCCUUGGGCUUAGAUCGUUUAAUGGCUAUCAUAUGCCGAGCAGUAUCGAUACGUGAUGUAAUAGCAUUCCCUAAAUCUCUAAAUGGACGCGAUCCAUUGUCCAGUGCGCCUGUACCCAUAUCUGAUGAGGAAAAAGCUCUAUAUCAUUUGUCAAUUCUUGAGGGUAACGGUGGUGAGCAUGAAGAAGCCCAUGGCCAGGAAGAUACUGAUCCAGAUGCUGUACGCGCCUCGCCUUCACCUUCGGCUAUGGAUGAAGAUCAGCCGGCUGUAAACGAAGAAGAAAUGCCAGUCGAUGAGGAACCACCAGCCGUUGUUGAAAAAACUAAAACUGAGCAAAAAAGCCCGCAAAAAGAAGAAACCGUUAAACCUAAACGUGUUGCUAAGAAGAAGCAAUAAGUUCUAUAUAACACACAAAUGCCGCAUACAUUUUCUCUCUCUCUCCCUCUCUCUCCCAAUGAAGCGCAAUUUAAACAUCAUAUUCAUUCAACAUUAUUAUUAUCCUGUUUGAUUAAGAAUUCUUUAUAAUUGCUAUAGGAAAUCAUAAUUUUGUUGGAUGUAUGUGAAUUAUUAUUGCCUGUAUACUAUAAAGGAAGUAUUUAAUUUUUACCCCCAAUUAUUAUUUUACUUACUUUUUCUUAAUUAAUAUUUAAUUAUAUACUUUUUUUUUUAAUAUUCACUUACUGUUCGAAGUGAUUUUAUUAUUACACAUUUACAUAUGUAUGUUUUAGAUUUGUUGUCUCAAUAAAUUAUCAUUAAACUAUAUAACUACAUACAUACAUGCAUAUAUAUAAAAGUUUUAUUGAUUGAAAAUACAUUUAAAAUUAAUUAUGAAAUGU